CGCGGGCAGCGCACGGGGCGGCGCCGUUCCCUUGUUCGCCAUACUUGCACAGGAGCGCAGAGCAACGAACGCACUUACUGCAAAGGCACCUGAAAUCACUACUGCAUUCAACAUAAAGACAUGGCUGAGGAUGACGUGACUCCAGAGCAGCUAGCAGCCAUCGCCGCCGAAAAUGAGGAGCCAGAGCCGGUGAACUACAAGGCACCAGCCCAAAAGACGGUGAAAGAGAUCCACGAGCUGGAUAAGGAAGAUGAGAGUCUACGCAAAUACAAGGAAGCCCUGCUUGGUGCUGGGGUCACUGAGGCUGAUCCCAGUGUCCCCAAUGUCCAGGUGACCCGGAUGUCUCUGAUCUGUGAAAGUGCCCCAAGCCCCCUGGUCCUGGACCUGCAAGGAGACCUGGAAGCCUUUAAGAAGCAGGCCUUUGUUCUAAAGGAAGGAGUUGAAUACAAAAUAAAGAUCAGUUUUAAGGUGAACAGGGAGAUUGUUUCGGGUCUGAAAUACGUGCAGCAGACAUACAGGAAAGGAAUGAAGAUUGAUAAAUCAGACUACAUGGUGGGCAGCUACGGGCCUCGCCCCUCUGAAUAUGACUUCCUGACCACGAUGGAGGAGGCUCCUAAAGGCGUGCUGGCCCGCGGCAACUAUGUCAUCAAAUCCAAGUUUACUGACGACGACAAGCAUGACCACCUGUCCUGGGAGUGGAACCUCAACAUCAAGAAAGACUGGAAAGACUAAAAAGAGGCCUUUGUGUUUGGGGGGGUCGAGGGAAUCAAAGUCCCUCAGCCCUGUGCGUUCAUCAGCCGCUCCCAUCAUUCCCGCCAUGUGUCCACCAUUUCUGCCUUCUUUGUUUUUACUUUGUUGUGCAUUUCAUGCUCUCAUGCCUUAGUUCCCGCCUCGCUGUCUUAACACCCCAGCCUCCUUCCCAGCUCUCUGUCAGCAUCGGUAGCAGCAGCAGUAGCAGCCUCCCCUCCACCCUCCCCCUCAGUCCGUCCAGCAUCUCCCUACCUGCCCAGUGUUUCAUUGAUUGCACACUGUUCACCAACCCGACCUGCCAUCCUCCCUCACGCCACACCCCUCACUGAGCUGUGCCAUGUAGCACCUUACUUCCUCACACCCCAGCCCUUCUGCUUUCUUUCUGUCCCGGUUUUUUGCUGCUUGAAGAGAUUAACCCCGCCUUCCACCUUUCCAGAAUGGUGUCUUCCUCUCUCAGUAUCAAGUACAUGUGGAAAAGCAACUGUACAAUCAACUUUUGUUUGCCUUUUUUAUAUAAUUGUAUCAAUGGUUGUGUAAUGUGACUGUAUUCACAUCACUGUUAAUCAGCUGUUGUGUUCAUAGCAGGCCCCACCACAUCCACCUGCCCCCCUCCCCCUCCACCCCCCCACACUACAUUCACCGUUCCUUUGCUUGCCUACUUGCUUGCUGUCUUUUGAUAUAAUUACCACUACCUGCCUUGUAAAAACAAUUCAUUCAGAGCUGCUCUUCAGCGCAUCCCUCCCUUCCCUAAAUGUAUUCACCCACCCCCCCUUUCAUUGGGGGCUGGGGCCAAAGUAAACAAGGGAGUAAAAAAGUAUAAGGGUAAAAAAAAAAAAAAAAAGAUGCCUUACGUAUCGACUAAACUCAUUCAUGUCUGUUCAGCAUGCCUUGUGUGUACGCGCAGCGCUUUCUAUCAAGUAGUCUGUAUAUCAAGGGCUUACUCUCGCUACCAACUGAUCUGUAGCCCUGUUGUAGUGGAGACUGUUUAUACAGGUUACUCAGACACAGCUGUGCACACACCCACUGCCCCCCCACCCCCCCCGAAUAAUGUUAUGAAUGUUGGAUAAAAAAAUUGGAGAAAAGAAACCAAACCCAGUUGAAAUCAGUCAGUAUUGGCACGUUUGUUCCUUUCAGCCAUGAGGCCUUAGCACUAACUAUGAUUAUGUGGAGAGAAGAACAGCGACAAACAUUAUUAGUCUUUUUUUUUUGUUUUUUUUAAUUAUAUUAUUAUUUGUUGUUUCCCCUUUGCCUUAAUGUACAUCAUUCCCCUACAGAUCGCUUCAUAACUCGUAGCCCGCAGGCAGGAGAUCCCAAGUAUGGCGUAGUACCAGGGAAAGCACAGGAGAGGAGGCUGAGCCAGGCACCGUCUGCUGCUGCCGGAGACCUCAACGGUGUCUGGUCUCAGCCACAGACAGACACUGGCAGUGAAAAGGAAAAAAAAAAACUGACCAGGCUUUCAGCCUUUUUACCCCGUGGCCCUCUCAUCACCUCAGUGACAUGAAGGGUCAAGUCACACUACUACAGAAACACGUGCUCUAAUAUUUUAUCAGGGAGGAGAGUUUUCAAACACAACUGACCAGUCACAUUAAAUUAAAAUCGACUUGUACUGUACCAGAACACAUGGAUGUAAAACUUUGUUUGUUUUUGUUUCUUCUGAUAACUAUGUAUUCCUGCUCCAUACAUUCCUUCACAUUGUACAGUUUCUAUGAAAACGCUGGCAUGCUGGUGGGGUUGUAUAUUCUAUCAUCAUUUGUGAUUGCUCUUCUCGUUCAGUAAAGAUUUUGCUCAACUCGG